CCCUUUUUCUCUAUCGAUAUGUCUUUGGAAGUAAAGGAUGAUGAUAUACUGAAGAAAUCAGAAGAAUCAGUGAGACAAGAAGAACCAACAUUAGAACCUCAUCAUGAUGAUGAUAAUGGUGAUGAUCAUCCACAUAGUACUGAAGCCCUCUUGGCAAAUGCUUCAUGGCAAUAUAAAGGUAUUGCUCUUUUUACUACCCUGAUGUUAUCUAUUGGAGCUCAUUUUUCCAGUAUGUCAAUGAGUGCAAUGAAGUCAACCAUGAAAACGCAUUUAAAUAUUGAUAAUACAAGAUAUGGAGUGGUAUCAUCAUCAGUGACGAUUGCCAGUACGGUACUACCUAUGUUGGGCGGGAUGAUGGCAGAUCAUUUUGAUGGCAUAUGGGGCACGUUAGGAGUGAGUAUGAUGACAGUGAUGGGUAGUCUGUUGACGACAUUAGCGGCUCAAUCAGAUACUUAUGCUCUGAUGGUGGUGGGACGUCUUGUUUUCGGUAUAGGCUCAGGUUUGAUUGUCAUCAUGCAACAAUCCAUCCUAUCGAAAUGGUUUCGCACGCAUCAUUUAUCUGUAGCUAUUGGAUGGCAGUUAUCCAUGAGCCAUAUGGCUAGUUUUCUUGGUCAAGUGGUAUCUAAUCCCUUAGCUGAUGCUACAGGAAGUUGGGUAUCUCCCUUUUGGUUAUCCUUUGGACUUUGUGUAUUUUCCAUUGUGACGAACAUCAUCUAUGCUGGUACCUUACUUCAUCUUCAACCAAAAACAAAAAAAGAAAAAGAAAAAAAAAAGAGAUCUAUAAAUGGUAUUCUUCAUUUCCCUUUCAUCUUUUGGUUGAUCAUCAGUAUUGAAUUCAUCUAUGCAGGCUUAUGGUCCGCUUUCCAAACCGUAACCACCGAAUUGGUCAUGAUGCGAUUGGCAACCUCCCAGACCUUGGCCGGCUAUCAAGCCAGUUUGAGCCAAGUCAUCCCCUUUGUCCUUUCACCGAUCUUGGGCCUGAUCAUCGACAUAUGGGGUGUACGGAUCUCGAUCCUAGGUCUAUCGGGUAUCUGUUAUCUCCUUUCCUGUUACCUUCUUGGUUGGAGGACGGAUGUCCAUCCUACAGUCGGCUUGGUUUUUUUCUCCCUGUCUUUGGCAUGUGGUCCAUUGACCAUGAUCACAUCCAUCGCCAUGCUUCUUCCUGCUGCCUACAUUGGCACCGGCUUGGGCAUAUACAAAUCAAUCAAUAGCACCGGCACUUCCAUCUUGGAUAUCUUGGUCGGUGUCGUGCAGGAUCAUACCCCUGGUCAUACCUAUGCACAAGUCAUGCUACUAUUCAUCCUCCUGGCUGCCUUUGGCUUUGCUUUGAUCAUCCUGUUAUGGGCACUGCAACGUUGGAAUUAUCAUCAUCUCCUCGAGUGUAAAAAAUCCAUUCGUAUGCUCAAGAUGAAGGAAGCCAGUGCUACAGAACAAGCAUUGGUGCGUCAAGGCAUUCUUCCUUAUGAUGGUACUCCAGUGGCUAAACUACACUACAUUUAUCUUUCUCUCUUCUUCAUUUCAAUCUUGGUUGCCUGGAUCUUAUUCUUUGUGUAUUCUGUCUCUGGUCAUCAACCUUCUUUUUAACAUAUAUAUAGACGAGAGAUCAUAGUAAUGAAUUUACA